AUUACCCACUUUGCUACAAUUGAAAGCAAAACUGGUUUGGAGUAACUUUGAGAAAACUUAGAAAUCCAUGGCUAUGUCAAAUGAGAAGGUUAGCAACCAUAUACCUAAUGAUCUUGUUUUCUCUAUUAUGUCAAAAUUGCCUCUUAAAUCUUUGUAUCGGUUUAAAUGCGUACACAAAUCAUGGGCAAUCUUAUUUGAAAACCCUAAUUUCAUGAACAUAUAUCGCAAAAAUUUCAUCCUAAAAAAUCAUUCCUAUUACGAUGAUACAUGCCUCCUUUUAAAGCAUAUGGUGCUAGAUUUCGAAAGUCAUUGUGUGUUGCAUUUGUGUUCUGGUGAGAGGUUGAAUAGUAAAGUGAAAUUAGAUUGGCCGCCCCCAUUUCAAAAGGAUGAUCGUGAUAUUAAUAUUUUAGGUUCUGGUAUUAAUGGUAUUCUUUGUCUCUAUGAUGAAGGCAUUAGUUCAAGAGUUGUAUUGUGGAAUCCAGCUAUUGACGAAUUUAAGGUCAUUCCUCCUAGUCCAGUUGAGUCUCUACCACAUUAUGUAAUUUGUGAGGUUCAACAUCAUGGAUUUGGCUAUGAUUCUAUUGGAGAUGACUAUAAGGUGAUUCGAUAUGUAAAAUUUCAUUCAUAUCUACAUUAUUUUUCAAGUGAUCGGAAAAAUUUUCCAUGGUUAAAUGUGGUAUACGAUCCUUUAUGGGAAAUUUAUAGCCUUAAAAGUAAUUCAUGGAAAAAACUUGAUUUGGAUAUCACAACUCUUCAUCGAAGUCCCCUAAGUGUUAUAGAGCAAGUAUACAUGGAUGGAGUGUGUCAUUGGUUGGGUGGAAAUGAAACAUAUGCUGAUGAAGCAUAUCUGGUGUCAUUUGAUUUGGGUAAUGAGGAGUUCUUUUUAACACCAACACCCUCAUAUACGGAUGAUAGCUUCAAUUUUAAAUUGGUGGAGAACCGGUUAAUGUUGUUCAAUGGUUCCAUUGCUCUGAUAUCUAAUUUUUUACAAAUGGCUGAUUUAUACAUAUCAAUUUUAGGUGAAAUUGGUGCGAAAGAAUCAUGGAUCAAACUCUUCAUAGUUGUACCAUUCCUUUUUCUUGGAUAUCCUAUUGGAACAGGGAUGAAUAGUGAUAUAUUAUUCGUAAAAGAUGAUGAAGAAGUAGUCCGGUAUGAUUUAAAUACAUAUGAGAUUCAAGAACUUGGCAUUAAUGGACGGUUCCUUUACUAUCAAACAAUACUUUAUAAGAAAAAUCUUUUUUCAAUUGCAGAAUAAAUAAUUUAUUAUUUUUCUUGCAUAGGUUUAUGACUGUGGUUAUUAAGAUUUAAUCUUGUAUUCAAAGUGAGUUAUCAAUUAUGUGUAUCAUAAU